GGCUCGGAGUGCGGGCCCCGGAACGCGGGGCGGCACGGAGCCAGGCCCUCUGCCGCCCCGCGCUCCCAUGUACGCCUUCUACUCGCUGCUCAUCUACAUCUUCUACAGCCUUUUCCGCAGGGAUGGAGGGACCGCGGCGUCCGCGGACUCCGGGGACACCGCCCAGAGUGCCCGCUGCAAGCCCGGGGAUCGCCGCCAUUCCGGCCAGUCACCUGCAGAGCUGUGGACCGAGCUGACCGGCCUGGUAGGCUGCUGGGAGUCCGAAGAUGGGCCAGAACGGGGAGCUGAGGGCCGCCCAGCCGAGGUCUCCCUGGAAGAGGCUCUUGUGCGUCUUGCCGAGUUUCUCUCAGUCCAGCUGGGGGCGGAAGAGAGCUGCGGGUAUUCUAUCGAUCUGAGUAAGUCUGGUGAUGUCCCUCCACUGUUGAUGGUGAUUGGUCAGCUCUUGGCCCUCCUGUCUUGGAUUCGGAACCCCAGGGGAAAGCAUGCCCUACCCCAGGGAACUCAGCCACCAACUCCUGCUGGACCCACAUCCCAAGAAGAAAGCCCUUCCCUUUCACCGAGGGCUGAGGCCCAGGGGCAACAGCCCCCCCAGCUGGAGGAGGACCACAGGGCUUGGCAGCGGCCGGGGCAGCUCGGUCUUGGACAGGGGGCGACAGACUCUGAGAAAAGCAUUCAGCAUCUAACCCUGGAAAAUGAGACCCUGAAACAGAGCCUGAUCCUCAUUCGGGACCUCCUGAGGCACUGGGGUCCUGGCCUCCCUACCAGGGUCCCCCAGGAGGAGGCAGAGGCACUGGUGGAGCUCCAAGGCCAGCUUCAGGAGGCCCAGGACGCCACAGAAGCUCUCCGAGUCCAGCUGGGGAUGCAGGAAGUGCAGCUGCAGGGCCUUCGGGGGGCCCUCCGGCAGCUCCAGCAGGAGACCGAGCAGAGUUGCAGAAGGGAGCUGCAGCAGGUGCAUGGGCAGCUGGCAGGACUUCGGGCACGCAUGGCCAGCCUGCGUCAGGGCUGCGGUGACCUCCGAGGCCUGGUCAGCACCUUUACCCAGAGCUGUCAGGGUUCACUGAGCGAGGCCCAGGGCCAGGUAUCCUGGGCCUUGGGGGCAAUAUCAGCCAGUGGGGCUGGGACUCAGCUCCCUGAGGAGCAGCAGGGGCCCCCAACUGGAUGCCCAGGGCAGCUACUGGAGCUCAAGGGAAAUAUCCGUGUACUGUGUCGGCUGAGGCCAGGGACACCGUCCAGCCUGGUGAGCUCGGAGCCUGGUCCAGGCGGCACAGUCACUACCUGCUAUCGAGGGCACCAGCGGCGUUUCCGCUUGGACUGGGUCUUCCCUCCAGAUGCCAGCCAGGAGGAGGUCUUCAGGGAGCUGAAGCCUGCUGUGCUAUCCUGUCUCCGAGGCUACAGCGUCUGCAUUUUCACCUAUGGUCAGACGGGGACUGGGAAGACCUACAGCAUGGAGGGCCCACCUGAGGACCCUGGCAUAGCUCCUAGGGCGCUACAGUCACUGUUCCAGGAGAUGAGGACUGGAGGGCAGCACCGAGUGACCCUCAGCAUGGUGGAGAUCUACAACGAGGCUGUCAGGGACCUCCUAGCCCCAGGGCCCCCUGAGCGCUUGGCUGUGAGGCAGGGCCCAGCAGGCCAGGGAGGAAUCCAAGUGGCUGGCCUCACGUACUGGGAGGUGCCCAACCUGGAGACACUGCACCAGAUGCUGAGCCUGGGGAGGAGCAACCGGGCUACUGCUGCCACUGCCAUGAACCAGCACAGCUCCCGCUCUCACGCUCUGGUCACACUGACGCUGCGAGCAGUGUCCCCACCGCUCGGUUCAGGCACUGCAGGCUUGCUUGCCCCUGCAGGCACACUGCACCUGGUGGACCUGGCGGGAUCGGAGCGUGCCUGGAAGGCAGGGGCCAUCUGCAGGAUGCGGGGCGACCCUCACAACGCCCGACGACUUCAGGAGGCCCGGACAAUCAACCGUUCACUGCUGGCCCUGGGAGGCGUGAUGACCGCACUGCGAGCCCACCGGCCACACGUGCCCUUUCGCGAUUCCCAGCUCACGCGCCUGCUCCAGCCAGCACUCUGUCCUGGUGCCACUGUGGUGCUGUUGCUGCAGAUCUCCACGCGGCCAGAGGACCUUGGCGAGACAGUGUGCUCCCUCAAGUUCGCUGAGCGAGUAGGCCAAGUGGAGCUGGGGCCAGCUCGGCGCAACAGGGCCCGGCGCUCUGGGACGCCCUCCUCCCUCAGCACUGACACACCAGUCACUGGGACUCCCUGCAGCCCUACACCAUCCCCAGGCAGCCCUCCAAGCCCUGGCCCCGACAGCGGCUCGGCUCUUGUGCCCCCAGAAGACCUGCUCUCGUAGUCUGGCCCAAGGAGUCUGGGGUCAUGCCUCUGCUGGCAGAGGCAGCAAAAUCCCUGUACUCCCACAACCUCCUUGGUCUCUGGGGGCUCAUUGGCCCCCAAACUCCUAGAGUGGUCCCAUUCCCCUCCCCGUGAGGAGUGUUCCGCGGAGAGUAACAAUUGCCAGCCCCUCAGCCCCAGGCCCUCAGCUCCCUCCUUAUCACUGUUUGCUGCAAUAGCCUCACGCAGCAGGGGACCCCAGAGCAGCCUGGCCUGGCCUACUUGUUUCUGAGUCACCACAAUCACCACCCUGCCACCAAAUAUCAGACUUGGCAUUAAAAUGUGGUCGAUUCCUUUUACUGUUACCUCCCCCAAAACACCACCAAAAACAGGUAGGGUCCCUGUUCCUUAUGCCUUUCCCCAAAAAGGUGCUACCUCCUUCCCAGACAGUUGAGGAGAGGACUUCAGGUUGGAGCUGCCAUUUAAGUUCUCCCUCCCCCAACGCUGGAGCCAGGAGAGGGGAGGUGACAGAUGGUGAUGGAUGGAUGGAUGGAGGGAGGGCCAGAGAAGGUGGGGCCAGGAAGACAGGAAAGGCUACUCCAAACAGUGCCACUCCUCCCAGCCUUGCCUCUGGGGGUAGCAGAGGCCUGAGUGACCAUCAGGGCCAGGGUGGUGCCCAAGUGGACACAACCCUUUGUGGGUAGUCCAAUAAACAUUGUAGACUCUCA